UUGCCAUGCUGCAAACAUCAGGCAAGCCAGGGCCUCAUUAAUGUUGUACCUUCUGAGAUACAAAUAGUGGACAGGACACAUGCUAGAUGAUACGUGUACGAUACACCCAAGUAACAUCCAAUAAUGCCCUUACUAGUACUUUUUUGCAUCUUCUUCUACCUCGUUGGAGUCAUCCAAGCUGCACCAACAAUAAAUACAACGUUAACAAGUACUACUACCACCGACAGUUUUGAGGCUCCAUCAUUCACGACCAGAACCAUAUGGUCCAUCAUCUCCAGCUCCGUUCUCACUCUAUUUGCGUGCAUAUACAGUGCCAUUCAUCCUAAUAUUCCGAGUCCCAAAGACAGUCCUAAUGGUAUCGUACGGCGGCGAGUUGGGAUCAUGAUAAUGGCACUGAUCACUCCUGAACUGAUCGUCACAUGGGCUAUGCGCCAGUGGUUCAGCGCUCGUCAAGUUACAAGACAGAUCGAGGAAUCGGGGUAUCCCAGCGUAGAAAAGCAGUCUGUUGAAGCACCUAAGCAACGCGAAAAUUGCUCCCUUCGCCUCCUUGCAGUGCUUACUGAAGGUGUAUCAUCUGUGCUGGUGUUUCUUAGGCAUUUCCCUGGUGCUCUCACGAGGUGGGUCAAAAGCUCGAUUAAGGCUUAUUUCUCAGAGCAAUCUGAAGAUUAUACGUGGACUCAGACGCACAGCUUCUUUGUGCUGAUGGGUGGUUUCAUGCUUUAUGUGGAUGGGAAACCUUAUCACACACUACAGCCUGACGAGGUCCUCAAGCUGAUACGUGACCAGUGUAUCGACGCCCCUACCCUAACGGCAAACCAGAUCCACGACAGGAGCAAAGGAAAUGCGAUAUCGAAAGGAUUAAUCAUGCUUCAGGUGGCCUGGUUUGUUAUGCAACUCAUCACCCGCGCCAUCUAUCAUCUCGAAACCACCCAGCUCGAAGCGGGGACGCUCGCUUUUGCGGUUCUCAAUUUCCUCACAUAUGCUGUGUGGUGGAACAAGCCUCUCAAUGUGCAAUGUCCACAUCCGGUGUACUGGAAGUCGACUGAGUCAAGGCCAGAGAAUCAUAUUAAUGUUAAUGAGCCUAACUCCCAAGGCGCUGUAUGGGCGAUCUUGGGACCAGUCUUCGUCUCAAUUACAGACCUGAUAGGCUUGCCUUUCAUGCCCAUAUCUCGAAAGCUCCGAGUUCCAACAUUUGAUGGCAGUAUCACUCUCGAAGGUUCGGACAAGAGGGUUCUUCUGCUUUCUGGAUUGCUUAUGGCAACCAUAUUUGGCGGCAUCCAUUGUAUGGCUUGGUUUUUUGCGUUCCCCACAUAUCAGGAACGCGUGUUAUGGCGCAUGAGUGCCAUCGCUAUAACUUUCACACCCUGGGUUUGUUUUCUUGUGGGUGUCAUACACGGUUUGAUACCGCGGGUCGUUCAGAUUGUAUGUAUUCUGACUACUGGUGUAUCUGUCAUAUUGUACAUCACAGCUCGUGCCGUCCUCUUGGUACUCAUGUUCACUACUUUACGCAAUCUUCCUCCCGACGCAUACAAGGCAGUGUCAUGGACUAGUUUAGUGCCGCACUUAUAAUUCUUGAUCACAAUACUUGUGAUACACUUCAUACUUUUGUAAUGAUAUUCAGAUGCGGCAUUCCUGUGGUUGGCGAGCUACUUGCAUGCAUUAUUUUAUCGCUAUAAA